UAUCGAAUAAUCCAUCAGUGUAGCUUAAGCCAACGCAACGAGUGCAAUUAGUUAAUUACCGACGACCGAACGGUUCUUGGAAGUUUAAGUUUUUUCUAACCAACAACCCCGACCUUCAACCAUGUUCCUGUUGCGAAGCAGUGCCGUAGUGAUUCUGGCGGUCGCGAUCGCUGUAGCGGCGGCGUCGAACACUAAGGAAGAACAGCAGAUGGUGAAUCUGAUCAACGAAAUCGACCAGCAGGAAAGCUUCCCGCUGUUCGGUGGGCUGAGUGUAGAACGCGUCGAAGGUGCCCGCUCGUUUGGUGGAGACGUUAGCGAAGAUUUGGCUGAACGUGCCGUGCGAUAUCUGAACACGCACAGUGUGAAGUUCAACGUGCCGGAAGAGGAGGGUGAGGGUCGUCGGAUGGAAGAAGCCCGCAGCAGCCGCCUGAAGAAGGUCUUCCUGCCCCUGCUGCUCGCUCUGAAGCUGAAGAUGUCCGUUGUCUUGCCAAUUCUGCUCACCAUCAUCAAGCUGAUCUCUCUGAAGGGACUGAUCGCCGGACUGCUCGCCCUGAAGUUCUCCAUCUUCACCUUCCUGAAGGAUCUGUUCAACAAGAAGCAGGAACGUGUGACCACCGCCUACAUCACCAGUGCUCAGCCCGUAAACGCCGAAAUCGUCCACCAGGACUGGCACCGCAAUGGACAGGCUUCGCCACAGGAACUGGCUUACGGUGCCUACAACCCCUACGCCACCCUACAGUAAUGGGUAACCUUUAUUCCAUGACGAUGAUGCUCUCGAGAAGGGAGCGAUCAUGAUUGAGCAGAGACCAAAAAUCGGAACCCAAAAAGCUGUUGUUGAAGCUGGGUUUCCGCUGUGCGCAAUUAAUUUAUUUAUUUAUUGUAUUUGUAUUAAUUGUUGAACGUUAAUUUUGUUUCUAUUGUCUAUCGUUCUUUCUGUCUAUCGAUCUAUCCGCCGCCCCCUUUUGCUUUCUCCUUUCCUUUCCAAUUCUUUUUUGUUGUAAUUUAUUUGUGUUGAAUGUGUAAAUAAGCACCGAAAAAUAAAAAUACCAUU